GAAACUUCAAACUGCAAAAACAAAGCAUUUCUUUCAUUUACCAAAAACACUUCCAAAGUUUUUUUUCACUUCUUGCUUCCUAUUACAAAUGGAUGUCUACAUAUCCGAAGAGUAUGUCAACCGCAGGAGAAUGGAGAAAAAAGCUGCCGCUGUUGCCGGAAAGAAUCUGAGACUCGGCUUUUGUGCAUGCAAUAUACCGGAAAAUAGAAAAAGCAUUCCCCAGAUAUCGGAAUCUCGGCCGGAGAAUGAGUUUCGGGUCACCGGAGGUGGUGGUGUUUAUGAGAGUUUUGUGUUCCAAUGCUUCUCGCCGUAAUAACCUAAGCGCUGUCGUUUAAUGAUUAUAAGGCAGACGCAGAUGCAUAUGCAUGGGCUGUUAUAUUAGUUGUAGCUCUUGUAUUGUAUUUUAUCUUACUUAAUAGUUUUAUAGAGGGGGUUUUCUUAACUACAUGUGUGUUUAUCCAUAAACUACAACAAUGUAUGAUUGUUAGAAUCUAGAUAACUAAAUAAGAUAUGUCAAAUAGAGUGAUAAAAUUAUUGAACGAAUAUAAAUUAUCCAUCGAAAAAAUAGUAGA